UCCUAACAGCUGGCCAGUAGAAACCAGAGAUUUAAUGGAUCCAGAAAAUCCACGAGGUGAUGGAGAUUCGUCAGGCCUCAUUGGUCACGUGUUGCUGCGGCUCCAGAAUGCUGUCGUCAAGAGGAUGUCACGCACCCGUCAGAGGAUAAUACAUGGCUUUAUUGUGGUCUUUAUUGUCUUCCUGCUCCUCUGGAUCUCAGUCUUUUUAUAUGGCAGCUUCUACUAUUCUUACAUGCCCAAUGCGUCUUAUUCCACACAAGUGCACUAUUACUACAGGACAAACUGUGACUCUCCUGCCUCUUUGUUCUGCUCUUAUCCAGUGGCCAACAUUUCUCUGAUGAGGAAUGAGCAACACGUGCUGACAUUAGGCCAGGCCUAUCGGAUGUCUCUGCAGCUGGAAAUGCCCGAUUCUCCGACCAAUCAGGAGCUUGGGAUGUUCAUGAUCAAGGCAACCUGUUUCUCUCAGGAUGGAGGGCAAGUUGCCUCGUCUGCUCGCUCUGCAGGACAUCUGCUGUCCGCCUCCAGCUCUCGCUUUAGCAUGCUGCGAUAUCGUUCAGACCUGCUGAGGUUCCUGGGAACGGUGCUGUUACUCCCGGCCUUUCUGACCGGAGUCUCUGAGCAGAAACAAGUCCUGGAGGUGGAGCUCUUCUCAGACUACACGGACAACCCUUAUGUCCCCUCGGUCACAGCCAUCAUUGAGAUCCUGUCCAACAAGGUGCAGAUCUACUCAUCUGAGCUCUACAUUCAUGCUCACCUAACUGGUAUAAGAUAUUUGAUGUUCAACUUCCCCCUCCUAUCAGCCCUGGUGGGCAUGUGCAGUAACUUCAUGCUCCUCAGUCUCCUCUUCGUAAUCUCCUACGUGAGGCUGAUGUUGAAAGUGGAUUGAGGACCAGAGCAGCUCAGAACAGAUGCUGCUGCAGGUACAAAAACACAGGCACAUCAGUCACUUGGUACUGACUACAAGAAUAAAUUCCUUGGCAGGUACCGCAGAACUGAUGCGUCCCCUCCAGAUGACCCCCCAGAUCUGAGCCGGGAGAGGGCUCAUCCGCACAGAUUGAUGAAUAAGAGGACAACCUCAGGCCAUUAAUAAAGAGGGAGAAAGUGUCAAGAGCAAUAACAAGAUGUAAGGGAGAAGAUUUAAGAGAGAUAUUGUUGAAAAUGAAGCACCCACACACCUCUGAGCCGACCUGUUUGCUCUUACAUCAUGUACUCUAUGUUUUGUCUCACGCUGUUUCAGAUUUAAUGUUAUGACCUGAUGAUUUAUGGGAUUGACUCACCUAAACCUUGGCACUUCAUACACAUUGCUCAUUGUCAGUGCCUUUGUAUUACUUCAUAGCUGUGAUCCUGAGUUCAAUAAAGACAUAACACAUGGAAUUGUAAAAUAAUCUGAUAAAUAUCAUGAAUUGUUAUGUUAUCCUGGCCGGUAAUCUUUAUUUUUUUAUUUUAAAAACUACUGUUUUCCUUCAGUUGUGAAGCGUACGAUUGUGGAGCUGUAUCUUUGGCAGGUUAUAACUAUCAUGCUUGUUUAAAUGUUAAUUUAAAAUGUUUAAAACCUGCUCACUCUUUACUGCUGAGUCCACUUCACCGAUAUUGUGAAGUUUAGUUCUUUGAGGUAUGUUUGUGUGCUUUAAAAAAGAAAAAGGAGGCAUGCUUAUCUGGAUGCCAAGUAUGAUGAGGAUCCAAAUCUUCACAAUAAAAACAUUUGAAUCAUUAAAGUAAAUGAUGCUACAUGUUAAAAAGUGUUAAAAACCUUGUGUUAACACCUUUAACAGAAGGUGUUAAAAGCUUAAAACCUGUUUGUUACUUGAUUAAAAUGUAAAAUAGGAUUAAAGCAUGUCAGACAACCUGUAUUUGCCUCUUUUUACUACACAAAAGUAUCUCAAAUUAAAUGACUUUCAAGCCGAAUUAAGUAUUCUGCAUUACAUUCUGUUCAACU